UCAUUGCUCCACUCCAAUCAUAAACUGUGAAAAACUGUACCUUUGAAAAAGCAAGAUGCACUGUAAAUUACCAUCCGUCAUAGCUUAUGGCAUUUCAUACCAUUUUCAAACUUGUGGUUCCCACCUCCAGCCUAACAGUCAAAAAGUUCUCCUGACUUAUGCAGUAAAUCUCGGAAUCCUUUCCAUACCAAUAACGUAACAUAACAAGGUCUGCUUUAAGCUUGUUCUUCUUCUUACAGUUCUUUAGCACUUUCAUCACCAAAACAUUCCCACUAGGUAGCAUAAAAAAUGCAGCAUCCGCAAAACCACCAACUCAUCUUUACGCUUAUAGCAUUAGCCUUACCUGUCCUCAGUGCCAACCUCUGCCGCAGCUUCUGCGGCACCAUUGCCAUAAACUACCCAUUUGGCGUCGACGAUGGUUGCGGUGCUCCGCAAUACCGGCAAAUGCUGAACUGCACCAAUGACCUGUUCUUUAUAGCCACUUCUGGGCGCUACAAGGUCCAAUCUAUUGACUACCAGAAGAAAACCAUGGUGGUAUACGAUCCAGCCAUGUCCACAUGCUCGAUACUACAACCCCACCAUGACUUUGUCAUGACGGAUAUUCAAUCGGUUAUAAUCCCUCCAACUUCAGACACUGUUUUCGCUCUCCUAAAUUGCUCCAUCGACUCUCCAGUACUCAACCACUACAAGAAUCUUUGCUUCAACUUUUCAGGUCAUUCCUGUGAUGAGCUUUAUGGUGCUUGCAAUGCUUUCAGGAUUUUUCAUUCGCUGACUAAUAGUUCUCCACCUUGUUGUUUUACGGGGUAUGACACGGUCAAGUAUAUGAGCAUGAACAUCUUGGACUGCACGCAUUAUACUAGUGUCAUUAAUACUGAUAAUUUGAAGGGUGUUGGACCCCUGGAUUGGGUUUAUGGUAUGAAAUUGUCUUAUUCAGUGCCGGAAACUGGAUGUGAACGGUGCACUCGAUCCGGUGGUACUUGCGGCUACGAUACUGAGACUGCAGUGAUGAUGUGCCUCUGCUCUACUUCUACGAAUGCUACGAGAGAGUGUGCUACAGGUAGCAUUGGAGAUCUAGGAGGAGGGCAAAAGUUUACUUUAUGGACAAAUUUUCAUGCAUUUGCCUUGGUGAUGGAAGCACUUAUUUCCAUAAUAAUCUUAUAAUGUUGAAACUUUUCAUUCGUAUUUCUUAUGUUGGAGAGCAAACCACCAGAAAUUUUUGAACAAAAAGAAAAAAGCACUUGAAAAGUGGUUCUAGAGUAGAGAAUUGGAGUCGAUGCCUGUAUCGAAAAUUUUGCAAUGUAAAGCUAUCUAUUAACAGGAAUCUCUGGUGAUCCUGAAAUUCCACUGGAUUCAAAAUUUUUUGAGCAAUUAGAAUCAGCAUUUGGUGAAUGGUGCAAGACACAUUUUGUUGAGAUGAAAUUAUUAUUUGCAGCGCAAGAGCCGUGCAUUAUCAUGAUGACCGACGUGUUUCAGACUUUCUGUCUGAAAUAUCACUCUUUUUCUUCUUUCAGAAACUUGAAAGUCAACCAUUUCGGAAAUAUAAUUGUUUCCUGUGAAAUUGUGUAAUUGUGCUUGGAUUCAGGGAACUCUGCUUGAGAAAUCUCAUGUCUCGUAAAACAAGGUUUGAUUCUGUUUAUAAAUUUCGCAGCCCAAAACGACAGAUUAUAUGUGGGAGGACUCACUCUCUUUUUUUUUUUCACUCAUUAUUUGACCGUUGAAAGACGCAGACAGAUUUCCACUUUUACAAUUGUAUUUUUCUCUUAAUUUUUAUUUUGGUCUUGGGCUCUUGGCAAGUUGUGUUGGUAUCUUCUAUAACAUCAUACAUUAAGUGAUCCCGUCAGUACCCAAAUCACCGAAUUUCGAUCAUCAACUUGGUUAAUACGCCAGCUAAAGGCAAUUCGAUCCACCCCUUUAAGCUGGAAACUUCCCUUGGUUUAAAGGAAGCAAAAGGGGAGUAGCAGGGUUUCUUCUUUCUUCCCUAGCUAGUUCAACUGUUAAUAAUCAGAUAAAGCCUACUCCAACCAUAGCACUCAUCAUUACAAGUGAUUUUAAAUGCAAAAAACUGGUGCACAAUCACUU